AUGGAGCGAAAAGAGCAGCGGGGCGGGAGUUCGGACGGCGGGCGGCGGGCCGAGGGUCGCGGCGAGGCCAGCGAGAGCGAACCCGGACCGUGCGAGGACGGGGCGGUGGUGCAGCGCACGCAGUUGCUGCUGCUGGCCGGCGAGCCGUGGGGGUCCGACGGGGGCCAAACCGUGCUCAGCUCCUUCGCACACCACGUGCUGCCCGCGACGGGCGGCGCCUCGGCCGGCAGCCCGGCUUGCGGCCCUGUCCCAGGCCAGCCUGUUGCCAGGCAGCCGCUGCCAGCGCCCCAUUCCCUGCCGUCCACGCCAUCGGGCCAGCUUAUCUUCUUCCUGUGCCGGGCGUCGUCGCUGCGGGAGCGGCCCGAGCGGAUGCGGGAGGUGUUGCAGGGCGUGCGGGAUCAAAGCCGUGCCUCCCCGGCUGCUCUAGUAGGUGUGAUCGUGCAGCCGCGGCCCGACGAGGAAAAGCCGGCUCUCGCGCACCUCGAGAAACUGCUCCGUGAGAUCUUCCAGUCCGAAGGCGACGGGUCCAUGGAGGUGCACACGGCCGUCUUCGCGCCAGGGCGACCCGACGGCGCCCUGGAGCUCAAGCGGGUCAAGAACUUCCAGAGAUCGGCCAGUUUACUGUGGUUGAACAAAUCGAUGAUGCAAUUUUUUGGAGCAGUGCUGUGGCUUGGAAUCGUGACAUACGGAGGUUAUUACUUCUACAACUACCUUUCAGUGUGAAGCGUGCACCCCUGUCAGCACGUCACCCUCCCUACAUGGUUAAGGUCUCUUGCCCAUCUGGAUUUUCAGCUGUCACCCAAAAUAAAAAUUUAAAAAUCAAAAGUUGUUAACCAUGUCUGUGC